ACAGCUGCAGAAUUCAUGAAGAACGAGCAAUUUGGUCCUGGGGACAUUGAGAGUAUCGUCCACGGAGGUCAUCACGUACAUGGCGAGGAUGCACGUCCCGAUGAGCAGGCGGGAACUGGUGACCUAGAGCGCAUUGUGCACGGGGAAGAUGGCGUACAUGAUCACGGGGAGGAACAGGAAGAUAAGGCAGGUAAGGAGGCUUCCAAACAGCGACCAGGCAUGGAAACACCAGAGGAGGUCAUUCAUAAGGGUCAGGAAGGAGAUUGGGCGCAUGAUCAUCACGGAGACACAAAGAAACAGAAGAGGGAUCGAUCUUACAAAGCUUAUGGAAAGUGACCAGAAAGAAUUUGAGGAAUGGGAGAAGAAAAAAGAAGAUGAUGACGAUGAUGACGAUGAUGACGACGAUGAUGACAAAUCGGCGUCUUCAUUUUGGGAAACAUACUAG